GAGACUAACAUCAAUGAUUGUGCCUCUCUUCCAUGUGCUAAUGGAAAGUGUGUUGAUGGUGUUAAUAACUUCACCUGUAACUGCACAGGAUCUGGCUACACAGGCCCGACAUGUUCUGACAACAUCAAUGAAUGUGCCUCCUCUCUGUGUCUGAAUAAUGCAACGUGUCAUGACUAUAUUGGUACUUAUGCCUGUAGAUGUGUAAGAGGCUUUGAUGGGAAACACUGUGAAAACAACAUUGAUGAGUGCAGUCCAAAUCCUUGUGAUAAUGGAGGUACUUGUACAGAUAAGAUUGAUGGCUUUAAUUGUGCUUGUCCUGCUGGCUUUAAUGAUACAAAAUGUGAAAACGACAUUGAAGACUGUGUUAACAACAACUGUAACCCUAACCAAAACUGUGUUGACCAAAUCAACCAUUAUUUGUGUGUCUGCAAACCAGGUUUCACUGGAAGCAACUGCUCAGUAGAUAUUGUCGAGUGCUUGAGUAAUCCAUGCAAGAAUAAUGGCACCUGUAAUGAAGGUGUUAAUGGCUACAACUGCUCCUGUUUACCAAGGUUUAAUGGCACAUAUUGUGAACUGGACACCAUUAAUGACUGUGCAUCUCAACCAUGUUUGAACAAUGGUACUUGUGUAGAUGGAGUAGCUGAUUUUAACUGCAAUUGUACAAGAGGAUUCCAUGGAAAGAGAUCAAAAUUCACUUUAAAUAUUGGCCAUUACAAGUGUCAUUGUCCAAGUGGUUUUAAUGGUACACAAUGUGAGAGCAACAUAGAUGACUGUCCAUCACAUGGAUGUAAUAAUGGGACAUGUGUAGAUGGUGUUAACGAUUAUACCUGCAUGUGCAAUAAAGGAUUUCAAGGAGAAUUCUGUGAUAGAGACAUAGAUGAGUGUCUCAAUAAUGCAUCUUGUAUGAAUGGAGGAACAUGCCAGAACACCAUUGGCUCAUAUCAUUGUGCUUGUAAUGAGUUUACUAAUGGCACACGCUGUGAAAUGGACAUUGAUGAGUGUGAGAAUAAGACUAUUUGUAACACAGGGUUGUGUGUUAAUAAGCAAUACACUGGAUACAAGUGCUACUGUGAUCAAGGAUGGACAG